GCCGCGUACGGAACGCCGCGGACGCGCUUCACGCCGUCGCCUCGUUGGCCAGGGCGCCGCGCACCGCUUCGAAGGGGCCCAGGAGCCGUCGAGUGUCGCCGCCGCCGCCGCCGCCGCCGCCGCCGCAGCCGCAGCGGGCCCGCCGUCGCCAUGAGCCAGCAGCUGGCGAAGCUGGAGCCGGUCUCUGGCGAGAUCACCAAACAGCAAAGCUCGCACAGUGAGUCGGCAGAGAGCUAUGCCAUCCCGGGUGGCGAGACGCACGAGCAGACGAGGGACGCUUCGCGUCUCAUGGAGGCCAACAUCGCCGGCGGGCACCUCAAGCAGCAGACGCAGGAGCACGAGUUCCAGCAGCAGUCGCAGUCUGUGCAAGAGGCGCCCGGCAGCGUCACCAAGAGCAGCCAGCAGGCCAGACAGCACCAGCAGGUCAACGAGGAGUCCAGCAGCAGCCAGCAGCAGAGCGACGACGGCCUGAGCUCCACCACAAAGAGCGUCACCUCCAAGCGCACCGUGCAGCAGAAGAGCUCCGUACAGCAGAGCAGCACGAGCACGAGCAGCACCACUGGUGGUGCACCGCCCACGAUGAUCCAGAUGCCUCAGCAGCAGCAGCAGCUGAUGUUGCAGCAGCAACAGCAGAUUCAGGAACAGCAGCAGCUGCAAAUGCAGCAGCUAGCACAGCAGCAGCAGGAGAAGAUGAAGCAGAUGGCGGAGCAACAGCUGGCGCAGCAGACGCAGCUGCUGCAGCAGGGGGAUAACACGCAAGUCAGCGAGCAGACCCAGCAGACGCAACAGCGGGUGCACAAGCAGGUGACGCAGAAGAAGGUGGUGCAGCAGACGCAACAGCGCGUGGUGCAGCAGCAGCAGACGCAGCAGCAAGUCCAAGGCUCCGUAAUCCAACAGCCACAAAACAUGCCGACCGGAGGCCAGCCGGCCCCGCCCGUCUUCGAACAGAUCUUCCGAAAUGCUCGCUUCGCGCAGGGCGGCAACGCCCUGUUCGAGGGCAAGGUGCGGGGCAACCCGCGACCCACGAUCUCGUGGACCCGCCAGGGACGACCGAUCAACGAUUCGAACAAAUACCAGCUGAAGUACAACCCGACGACCGGCGAGGUCAGCCUAAUGAUCUCUCGGAUCGGGCCCGGCGACGAGGGCGAGUACACAUGCCUGGCCAAGAACCAGUACGGGGAGGCCAUCUGCACAGUCUACAUCCAGCCGGAAGCUGCAUACCUGCAGCAGCAGCAGCAGCAGCAGCAGCAACAGCAGGGCAUGCAGCGCCGCAUGAUGGGUCAGCAGCAGAGCAUGCAGUUCCGGCAGGAGAUGUCGUCGGUGACAGAUUCAGCCGGCCACACCACCACCAGCUCCACGGUGGACCGUCAGUACCAGAGCUCGCCGUUCGGCCAGCAGUACCCGGGCCUGCCCGCCGGCCAGCAGACAGAGGAGUUUCGAGUCGACACAUUCGAGUACCGCCUGAUCCGUGAGACCGAGUUCCGCGAAUCCCUGACGCGCCGCUACGCCGGCGAGACGGAGACCGAGACCGAGGUGGAGACCGAGUCGGAGAGCCGGCAGCCCGGCCCGCUCAGCCCGCCCCAGGUGCAGACCAAGCCGCGCGCCACCAUGGUGGCGCAGGGCGGCGACGCCACCUUCCAGGCGCGGCUCGUCGGUAAUCCCAAGCCCAAGGUGACCUGGUUCCGGAACGGCGUGCGCGUGCGGCCCGGGCCGCGCGCCGCCAUGGCGCAUGGCAACUCGAUGGCCACGCUGAAGCUGCGCGCCGUGCAGCCGGAGGACUCGGCGCACUACACGAUGCUGGCCGAGAACGCGGCCGGCUGCGUGGUCAGCUCGGCCUUCCUGGCCGUCGAGCCGCCAGCCGCCGCCGACGCCAUGCGGCAGGCUGUCACCUCGCAGCGCGUCGAAAAGUCCUUCACCUCCCAGACGGAAGAGAUUUCCGAGGACCGGUCUCUGGCGCCAACCUUCCUACGCGUGCCCACUGACAAGGAGACGCAGGAGGGCAAGAUGGUGCGACUCGAGUGUCGCACGUCGGGCAAGCCCAGCCCCGAGGUGUUCUGGUACAUAAACGGCAUGCCCAUAACGAACGACGCCACGCAUAAGAUUAUGGUGAACGAGGCGGGCAGCCACGCCCUGAUGAUCACGAACGCCGCUCAGCGCGACUCGGGGGUCGUCACCUGCGUCGCCAAGAACAAGAACGGCCAGGCCGAAUUCCAGGUGAACCUACACGUGCUGGAGAAGGAACAGGUGAUCGCGCCCAAGUUCGUGGAGCGCUUCCAGACGGUGCACGUACGCCCCGGCGAGCCGGUGUCGAUGAGCUGUCGGGCGGUGGGCGCGCCCACGCCGCGCAUCACGUGGCAGAAGGACGGCGCGCCCAUCGACGGCUCGGCCAGCGUGCGCAUCGUCACCGACGGCGGCGCCUCCAUGCUCGACAUACCCUGUGUCCGUCCGGAGGACGCCGCCUGGUACCAGUGUACGGCGCAGAACGCCGCUGGCAGCACGGCCACGCGGGCCAAGCUGUACGUGGAGGCAGGCCCGGCAGUGCCGGCCGGCGAGCCGUGGAGGCUCCACCUGCCCAAGCCCACCAAGGUCAUCGAGCCGGAGCCGCCUCUCAACCCCGAGAUCAUCCACCUGAAACACGUGGAGCGGUCGCGGCCGAAGGCGCAGCGAACGGAGGAGGAGCGGCCGUUGCAGGCGCCUCAGUUCACGCACCCGCUGCGGGACGUGCGCGUAGGAGAGGGCGACCGUGUCCUGCUCGAGGCCAAGGUGGUGCCGCUCGGCGAUCCCACCAUGACGAUCGGGUGGUUUAUCGACGGCCAGCCGAUGCCAGCCAGCUCGCGUGCCACGCUCACAGACAAGUUCGGGUACGUGUCUCUCAGCCUGCUGUCAGUGGUUCAACAGGACGCGGGGACCUACACCUGCCGUGCAGUCAAUCAAGCGGGGUCAGCUGAUUCGACCUGCACGGUCUCUGUAGGACCCCGUUCUGUCAUCGAAACCACCUCCCAACAUCCGGAGAGUCUGCAGCCUAUUCAGAUGCUCGAGGACACGUCCCGCUACGUGCGCUCCACCUCCACGGAGGAACACAACGUGAAGCCCAGCUUCGUGCGCGAGCUCAGAGAUGUCGCUGGCGUCCACGAGGGCGGAUAUGCCCACUUCGAGGCCCAGAUCCAGCCCGUAUCCGAUCCGUACAUGAGGAUCGAAUGGUUCAAGGACGGAAGAUCGAUCACAGCCAGUUCCCGUAUUUCCACGAUCAACAAUUUCGGGUACCUGGCUCUCAACAUCAAUCAGCUGCGUCCUGAAGACUCGGGAGUCUACACUGCUCGUGCGACCAAUAAAGCGGGCGAGGCGAGCAGCCAGGCGCAGCUGCAGGUCAGCCUGCGAGCAGGCGUCACCGGCGACCUGGGCAUCCCCGAGCAGCAGAAGCACAUCCAGUCGGUGGAGCAGCUGGAGGCCUACAAACAGUCCAUCCAACAACAGGUGACCUCUGAGCUGGAGGAGAAGACGUCGCCGCCGCAGUUCACGCAGCCGAUUCGGGACGCGCCGGCCGUGCCGGAGAACGGCACCGCCCACUUCGAGGCGCGCCUCGAACCCAUGGGCGACGCCACCAUGACCAUCCGCUGGCUCAAGGACGGCCGACCGCUCGAAGCCAGCUCCCGGAUGACGACCUUCUUCAACUUCGGCUACGUCAGCCUGACCAUCAAGCAGGUGACAGUGUUCGACACGGGCGUGUACACGUGCGUGGCCGUGAAUGCAGCCGGCCAGGCGCAGUGCCAGGCCAAGCUGCAGUGCGUCGGCAAGAAGGACGUCGUCACCGACAGCCAGAUGGAGAGCAUGCAGAAGAUCCAGUAUCUGGAGGACUCCAGCCGUUCCCCGCGGCAAGUGGAGGAGGAUGUCACGGUUACCAAGAUGCCCCCCAAGUUCUUGGGGCCUAUCAAGGGAACGAACGUCAUCCGCGAGGGCCAAAAGGCUCACUUCGAGGCACGCCUCGAGCCGCAGAACGAUCCGACAAUGAAGACGGAGUGGUUCCACAACGGGCAGCCUCUGUCCUCGGCCAACCGGAUCCAAACGUUCCUCAACUUCGGCUACGUGGCGCUUGACAUCAGCGCCGUGAAGAGCGAGGACGCCGGCACCUACACACUGGUCGCCACCAACGCCCUGGGCGAGGCGCGCGCGCAGGCGCAGAUGAAGGUCGAAGCGAAAAGCGCCAUCGACACCAGCUCCAUCCACCGCACGGUGGUGGCGAAGACGGACCGCCUGGAGCGCUCCAAGUUCCAGGAGCCGCAGUACGACGUCGGCGACUACUGCAAGUCCAAGCCCAAAUUUACCGAGCCGCUGCGGGAUCAGCCGGCGCAGCCGGAGGGGCGCGGCGUACACCUGGAGUGCCGCCUGGAGCCUGUCAACGACCCCACCAUGAAGGUGGAGUGGUUCCAGAACGGCCGCCCCAUCACCAUCGGCUCCCGCUUCCGCACGUACGCCGAGUUCGGCUUCGUGGCGCUGGACGUGCUAGACUUGACCAAGGCCGACGAGGGCGAGUACACGUGUCGCGCCACCAACCGGCUCGGCUCUGCGCACACGUCGGCGGCCGUGCGCGUACUCUCACGCGCCGACGUCGACACCGACACACAGCACGAGAGUGCGCUCGACCAGAUCCAGUACUUGGAGGACGGCUCGCGAUACAGCCGUCAAGCCGCGGCCGACGCUGCUGUCGAACAGGUGCCGACCUUUACCAAGCCCCUGCGCAACAUUGAGACGGUGGAGGGGACCAACGUGCACCUCGAGUGUCGUCUCCAGCCCGUGGGAGACAACAGCAUGAAGGUCGAGUGGUUCGUCAACGACCAGCCCCUCAAGAUUGGUCACCGUUUCCGCCCCGCCUACGACUUUGACUACGUGGCGCUGGACCUGCUGAGCGUGUACCCCAUCGACUCUGGCAUGUACACGUGCCGGGCCACCAACCGACUGGGCCAGGCCGCCACCUCGGCCUCGGUCCGCGUCAUCGCUAAGAAGGACCUGUACACGGACCACCCAGCGUCGCUGGAAAGGAUCCAGUACAUCGAGGACUCAUCCCGCUACCAACGCAAGGAGUGGGCCGACGAGAUGGUCCAGAUCAAGCCCAAGUUCCUCACGCAGCUGAAGCACCAGGAGAACCUGAAAGAGAACCAGACAGCCCACUUUGAGGCCAAGCUGGAGCCGGUAGCGGAUGCCAACCUGCACGUGGAAUGGCUCAAGGACGGGAAGCCGAUCACUGUCGGUCACCGCCACCGUCCGCUGCACGACUUCGGCUACGUAGCGCUGGACAUCGUCGGUCUGAUCGAGGAGGACAACGGCGUCUACACCUGCCGUGCCACCAACAACCUCGGCUUCGACGAAACCUCCGCCAUCCUCCGCUGCUCCAGCAGCACAAAAAUCCUGACCUCUACGCAGCACGAGGUGGGUCUGGAGCAGGUGCAGCAGCUGGAGGAACGCUCCCGGCACAGCCGCUCGGAGACCUCGGGCGAGGUGACCACGCAGGCGCCCGUCUUCACCACCUCGCUGAGCAACGUCACCAUCAAGGAGGGCCAGCGCGCCCACUUCGAGUCACGCCUCAUCCCCGUCUCCGACCCGACCAUGAACGUGCAGUGGUUCCACAACGGCCACCCCGUUAAGGCCGGGUCGCGGUUCAUGGAGACCAACAACUUCGGGUUCGUGGCUUUGGAUAUCAUGUACGCAUACCCAGAAGACCAAGGCACCUACACUUGCAAGGCCACCAAUGCGCUGGGAGAGGCCGUUACCCAGGCUACUCUCAGCUGCCUCAGCAAGAGCGCCAUCGACCAGGGCACGCUGCACGAGCAGGCGCUGGACAAGCUGCGCUACCUGGAGCAGAAGUCGCGGCCGACGCCGGCGGCCGACGAGGCCACGGCGCAGGCGCCCGUCUUCACGCAGCCGAUCCGGGACGCGCGGCUGGCCGAGGGACAGCCGCUGCACUUGGAGGCCCGCCUCAUCCCAGUCGGCGACGCCAACCUGCGCGUCGAAUGGUUCAAGAAUGGCGUGCCCCUGCAGCAGGCUAACCGGAUAUCGACGCUGCACGAUUUCGGUUUCGUGGCGCUGGACAUGAAGUACACCCAGGAGGACGACAGCGGCACGUAUACGUGCCGCGCUACCAACGACCUUGGCCAGGCUGUGACCUCGGCUACCGCCGUCGUCCAGUCCAAGGAGUCGCUGCUUCUCGGCACACAGAACGCUGCCUCCCUAGAGAAGCUCAGACAGCUGGAGGGAAGGGCGUUCACAAAGACGGAGAUAGAAGAGACUGUUGUGACAGAGAAACCGAGGUUUGUGACGGAGCUGACGGGUCAGACAAGCCUGGUUGAGGGACAGUCGGCCCACAUGGAGGCUCGUAUUGAGCCCUAUCCGGACGCAGACAUGAAGGUCGAGUGGUUCCACAACGGGAAGGCGGUCGCAGUCGGUCACCGGUACCGCACAAUCAACGACUUCGGCUUCAUCGCGCUGGACGUGCUGUCUGCGUACCCGGAGGACUCUGGCGAGUACACGGCCAAGAUCACCAACCGGCUGGGUACCGCGAGCUCCUCCCUCAAUCUCCGAGUCCAGCCGCGCGCCGCUCUCAUCCAGGAGACUCAGCACCCGGCGGCCAUGCGGAAGAUCUCCUACCUGGAGUCGGAGAGGCGGCGCGAGGAGCCCGAGGAGGCCGGCCCGUGCGAGAAGCCCGUGUUCGGCCGGCCGCUGCGCAACGCAAACCUGGUAGAGGGCCAAAGCGCCCACCUCGAGGCGACGCUUACGCCCGUCCACGACGCCACCAUGAAGGUGGAGUGGUUCUACAACGGCCGACCCAUACCGCAGGGUCACCGCUUCCGCACGACCUACGACUUCGGCUACGUGGCGCUGGACAUCCUGUACACGUACCCGGAAGACUCGGGAACCUACAUGUGCAAGGCGACCAACGCGGCCGGCGAGGCCGUCACCACGUGCGAUGUGACCGUCGAAGGGAGGCAGGGUCUCUGUCUGGACACGCUGGACGCGGCCCGGCUGGAGAAGAUCCGCAGUCUGGAGAGUGCCGAGGCGCCGCGGCCCGAGGAGGCCGCGCUCCAGAUGCAGAAGCCCGUCUUCAUCACGCCGCUCAACAAUCUGGAAAACCUCCGAGAAGGAGAGCACGCGCAUCUCGAGUGCCGGCUCGAGCCAAUCAACGAUCCCAAACUCAAGGUCGAAUGGUUCGUCAACGGCAAGGAGAUCAGAACCGGACACAGGUUCCGCACCACGCACGACUUCGGUUACGUGGCGCUGGACAUCCUGUACGGCUACCCGGAGGACUCCGGCACAUACAUGUGCAAGGCGACCAACGAGCUGGGCGAGGCGGUCAACACGUGCACCAUCCGGGUCAAUGCCCGUCGCUCCAUCUACCUGGACACCCAGCACCCGGAGGGCUGGCAGAAGAUCCGUGACCUCGAGUCGCGCGAGCCGGAGCGAGCGUCGGACACCGAGGCGCCUCAGGAGCCCCCUCGCUUCGUCCAGGAGCUCAGGGGCCCAACCCAGCUGGCGGAGGGUGCCGCCGCGCACAUGGAGGGACGCGUCGAGCCGCUGCACGACUCGGACCUGCGCGUUGAGUUCUUCCACAAUGGCAAGCCGCUGCAGUCGGCCUCGCGCUUCCACACCACCUUCGACUUCGGCUACGUGUCGCUGGACAUCCGCGGCCUGGUGGCUGAGGAUGCCGGCGAGUACACCUGCAGAGCCGUCAACAAGAUUGGCGAAGCCUCCUCAACCCUCACCAUUCAAGUGCUCGACAAGGAGAAGAUCAUCCUGGCGUCGCAGCGGCCGGAGGGUCUGGAGGCGAUCCGCCAGCUGGAGCAGCGCGCACCGGAGGCGCGGCCAGAGGAGGUGGCCACCUACCAGAAGCCCAUGUUUACGCACCCGCUGCAGAGCGUCGACGGCGUCGACGAGGGUCAGGCCGUCCACCUGGAGGCCAGGCUCAUCCCCGUCGGGGACCCCAAGCUCAAGGUCGAAUGGUUCAGAAACGAGCAGCCGCUGCAGUUCGGCUCCCGGUUCAAGCCAACCCACGACUUUGGCUACGUGGCGCUGGACAUCGCCGGACUGCGACCAGAAGACGAGGGCGUCUACUCGUGCCGCGCCACCAACGACCUGGGCGAGGCCGUCACCACCGCCUCCAUCCGUAUCAGAUCCGAGGCGAGCAUUAUCCUGGACACGCAACACCCAGAGUCUGUCGCCAAGCUGGCGGCGCUGGAGCAGAAGGCGCCCGGCGCGCCAGCGCCGGCCGACCAGGUGUUCGAGAAGCCCGUCUUCACCAUGCCGCUCACGGGGCCUGCCGACCUGAUCGAGGGCCAGCACGCGCACUUCGAGGCGCGCUGCGUGCCCGUCGGAGACCCCAACCUCCGCUUCGAGUGGUACUCGAACGGCGUCGAGCUCAAAUUAGGAGGAGCCCGCAUCAAGGAGACGCACGACUUCGGCUUCGUCACGCUCGACAUCAUGUCGGUGAUCCCCGAGGACGCCGGCAUGUACAUGUGCAAGGCGGUGAACCUGGCCGGCGAGGCCGUCACGUCCACCUCCCUGCGCGUGCAUGAUCGCAGCAGCAUCCUGGGCGACGCCAUCCACGCGUCGGCCUGGGACAAGAUCCAGCUGAAGGAGGCCGAGAUGAACCGUGUGCCGGAGAUGUACGUGGAGGAGCGGCCGCAGCAGGCGCCCGUCUUCACCACCCACCUGCAGAGCUACGACCGGCUCACCGAGCAGCAGAGCGUCCACCUGGAGGCCACCGUCGAGCCCAAGACCGACCCCAACCUGCGCGUCGAGUGGAGCAAGAACGGCGUGCCGCUCAUGACCGGCGCUCGGCUGAGGAGCACGUUCGACUUCGGCCUAGUGACGCUGGAUAUCAUGAGCCUGCGAGGCGACGACUCUGGCAUCUACACCUGCCGCGCCGUCAACCUGAUGGGCGAGGCCGUCUCCACAUGCACGCUCAAGGUCGAAGACAAGCACUGGCUGCUGGGCCAGUCGCAGCGUCCGGAGGCUCUCUCUGCCAUCGCGCAGCUGGAGCUGGGCCACGCGCCGGCGGCGCCGACCUCUCCCGAGAUCACGUUCGAGCUGCCCGUCUUCAUCUCGCACCUGAACAACGCCGAGUGCGACGAGAGCGACGGAGUGCACUUCGAGUGCCGCGUCGAGCCGGCCAAGGACCCCAACAUGACGAUCGAAUGGUUCCUGAACGGCCAGCCGAUGAAGACUGGCUCCCGAUUCACGUCCCAGUACGACUUUGGCUUCGUCACCCUGGACAUCAGGGGCACGCAGUCGGAUGACUCGGGCCUGCUGGUCUGCAAGGCCACCAACCAGAAGGGCUCGGCCCAGACCUCGGGCACCCUCAAGGUUAAAAGCAAGGCAGACAUCUACCUGGAUACGGUGCACCCGGCCGGUGCGCGCGGACUGGAGAAGGUGGAAGAGGUGGACUCCUCGCGAGCCGGGAAGCCGACGCUGGACGGCAGCGCCGAGAAGCCGUUCCCCAAGCCGUGGUUCAUCGUGCCACUGCAGCCGACGUUCGAGCUGGGCGAGACGGAGCCGCUGCGUCUCGAAUGCAACGUUGAGCCCAAGGAGGACCCCAAGCUCGAGGUCGAGUGGCUGUUCAACGGCCAGCCGCUGGCGCACGCAUCGCGGUUCCACAUGUCGAACGACUUCGGCUUCGUGCAGCUGAACUUGACGGACGUGUACCCGCGCGACCAGGGCAUCUACACGUGCCGCGCCCACAACCAGGCGGGCGAGGCGUUCACCACCACUACCAUCACCUGCAAGGGCAAGGCCGGCCUGAUCGACUGGACCCAGCACCCCAAGGGCGAGAUGGGCCUGGAGGCCAUCCAGGAGCUGGAGGGAGCCCGCAAGCGCGGCGAAGGGCCGCCGCUGACCGACGAGGAGGGCCACCCGCCAGUCUUCACCUCACAGUGCGAGAACCUGUCCAACCUCAGCGAGGGCGACAUUGCUCACUUCGAGGCGACGCUGACGCCAAUCGGCGAUCAGACCAUGAAAGUGGAAUGGUUCUACAACAACAAACCGCUGGAAGCCAGCCACCGCAAACGGACGGUGCACGCCUUCUCGAUGGUCGUGCUGGAGAUCCUGGGCACCAAGAUCGAGGACUCGGGCGUCUACACGUGCCGCGCCACCAACAAGUGGGGCAAGGCCGAGAUCAGUGUGACGCUGGAGUGUGUGGACAAGGACAGCGGCCAGAAGCCGCACUUCAUUACCCAGAUCCAGAACGUGGAGAGUCUGCGCGACGGCGACUCAGCCCACUUCGAGUGCACACUGGAGCCGGUCGGCGACCCCAACAUGAAGGUCGAGUGGUUCCACAACGGCAAGCCGCUGCGCCACUCCUCCCGCAUCAAGUGCGUCUCUGACUUCGGCUUCGUGCUCCUCGACGUGGCGUACGCGCAGAACGAGGACUCGGGCGAGUACGUGUGUCGCGCCACCAACAAGUACGGCUCCGACAGCACCACGGCCACGCUCCGCUGCCAGGGCAAGGGCGGCGUGUUCUUGGACUCGCUGCAGCCGCAGGCGCUGCGGAAGAUCACCGAACUGGAGAUGACGCCGGAGGCGGGCGGGCCGCCGCGGCUGCCUAGCUCCGAGCCGCCUCGCUUCACCAAGCACAUUGCCGAGAUCGCCAGUAUGGUGGAGGGCCACUCGGCGCACUUCGAGGCGCGCCUGACCCCCGUGCACGACCCCGACCUCACGGUGGAGUGGUACCGUAACGGCACCAAGCUGCCAACCGGUCACCGCUUCCGCACGUUCCACGACUUCGGCAUCGUGAUCCUGGACAUCCUGUACUGCUACGAGGAGGACUCGGGCCUGUAUGAGUGCCGGGCCGCCAACAAGAUCGGCUCGGAUGUGACCAAGGCCGAGCUGAAGUGCCUCUCUAAGGAGAGCCUCAUCCUGACACCCCAGAUGCCGCAGGAGAUGAGUGGCGGCCUAGAGAAGAUCCGGAGCCUGGAAGACGCCGCGCGCCUGACGCGGGAGCAGCAGGAGGACGUGACGGCGCGCGUGGCGCCCCGCUUCACCGUGCCCUUCAACAACAUCGACGACCUGCGCGAGGGCGAGAACGCCCACUUCGAGGCUCGCCUCACGCCUGUCGACGAUCCCAAGCUCAAGACCGAGUGGUAUCACAACAGCAAGCCGCUCAAGGCUUCCAGCCGCUUCCGCACCUUCUGCGAUUUCGGCUUCGUCAUCCUGGAGAUCUCGCCGGUGUACCCGGAGGACAGCGGAGAGUACACCUGCCGCGCCUUCAACGAAGUCGGCGAGGCCACCAGCUCGGCUGUCAUGAAGUGCUCCGGCAAGAGGAACAUCAUCCUGGAGUCGCAGCUGCCCAAGGGCAUGGACACGAUGCAGAAGAUCGCCGAACUGGAGGGUCUGGGCGUCAAGCCGGUCGUACCCGGAGAGACGGAGGAGGGCGCGGCGCCGCAGUUCCUGACGCAGCCGGCCGAUAUCAGCCUGGUGGAGAACCAGCUGGCACACUUUGAGUGCCGCCUGACGCCGGUCGGAGACCCGACCAUGCGCGUCGAGUGGUUCCACAACGGCAAGCCCCUCUCAGCCGGCUCCAGGGUCCGCACUAUCAAUGACUUCGGCUACGUGAUUCUGGAGAUCGGCGGCAUUUACCAGCGCGAUGCCGGUCUCUACACAUGCAAGGCGGCCAACAGACACGGCGAGGCGUCUGUCUCCUGCACGCUCACCGUCAAGGGUCGGCAGGGCGUGGUGCUCGAGCCCCAGAUGCCGCACGGCAUGGAGGGGAUCCGCAAGCUGGAGGAGUCGAUGUACCGCUCGGAGCAGGCGCCGGAGGAGGAGGAUCGGCCGCGGCCGCCGCACUUCAUCACGGAGAUCCAGGGCCUGGAGGGCCUGUUCGAAGGCCAGGCGGCGCACUUCGACUGCCGCGUGGAGCCGGUCGGCGACCCCAGCAUGCGCAUCGAGUGGUUCCACAACGGCCGGCCCAUCGACGUCGGAUCCAGGGUGCACUUCCUGGACGACUUCGGCUUCAUCGUAUUGGACCUGGACUGGACCUUCCCGCGCGACUCCGGAGAGUAUGUCUGCCGCGCCACCAACAAGUGGGGAACGGCCACCACCAAGGCCACCCUCAUCUGCAAGGCCAAGCGGGACGUGGUGCUGGAGUCGCAGCUGCCGCGCGGCAUGUCCGGCGACCGGCUGCGGACCUUCGAGGAGGGCCCCAAGCUGGGCGAGCCGCUGGCGCCCGAGACGGACGCCGAGCCGCCCCGCUUCGACAAGGAGAUUGACAACGUGGAUGUGGGCGAGGGCGAGACAGCCUUCUUCGACUGCAAGGUGGAGCCCAAGAACGACCCGUACCUGCGCGUUGAGUGGUACAGGAACGGCGUCCAGGUGCAGACCGGUCACAGGUUCCGGACGACGUUCGACUUCGGGUACGCGUCGCUGCAGAUCCUGGGCGUGUACCCGGAGGACGGUGGCGAGUACACGUGUCGCGCUGUCAACCGGGCCGGUCAGGCUACCUGCAAGAGCGCACUCACCUGCCGAGCCAUCUCGUCGGUGAUCAUGCUAACCCAGGUGCCAAAGGGCAUGAAGCGCUCGGAUUACCUGAUGCAGAUGGAGGCGGCACUCAAGCAGUACACCUCGGAGAUCCACCUUACCGAGGAGGAUAUCUACGACGCCGACCGCAAGCAGCCGCCAAGGUUCGUCACGCAAAUCCAGAACAAGAUGGACCUGGUGGAGAUGGAGCAGACCAAGUUCGAGUGCCAGCUGGCUCCGGUCGGCGACCCGAAUAUGAAGGUCGAGUGGUUCUUCAACGGCCGACCGCUGCCCUACAAGAACCGCUUCACGCCAAUCUACGACUUCGGCUACGUGGCGAUGAACUUCGGCUGGGUGUACCCGGAGGACUCUGGCGAGUACCUGUGCCGCGCCACCAACCUCUACGGCAUGGACGAGACGCGGGCCGUCAUCAAGACCAAGGGCAAGCCGGGCAUCGUGUAUGAGUCUCAGCUUCCAGCCGGCAUGGAAUCCGUCAAGAAAAUCCAGGAAAUGGAGUCGCACUGGAACCGGGCGCCGGACGUGCCGCUGGAGCAGGAGCGCGCGCGCGAGGCGCCCGUGUUUGUCACCAAGCCGGAGCCGGUGACGGUGAACGAGGGCGAGUGGGCGCGCUUCUGCUGCCGCGUCACCGGCUUCCCGCGCCCGCGCGUCAUGUGGCUCAUCAACGGACACACCAUCGUCAACGGCACGCGCUACAAGCUGACCUAUGACGGCAUGUGGCGGCUGGACAUCCCCAAAACGCGCCAGUACGACAACGGCAAGAUCGAGGUGGUGGCGCGCAAUUCGGGCGGCGAGGCCUACUGCUCCUGCGAGAUCAAUAUCAACGCUCGCCAAGACGACUACCGCGCCGUCCUCAAGAACUCGCCCAAGCCUUGGUAUGACUAUGACCUGAAACAAUACCAGACGGAGCGCCAGGAAGUCGAGACAGACCGCGUCUUUGAAGAAAAGGUGCGCCCUGGCAUUUCUGUUCUCCAUCAAGGAGAACACCACAAGGUUGUGGAGGAGCCAGCGACCGAGUGGCAGAAGGCAGUUAAGACCAAGAAGGCUGCUGACGCCGCACAGACGGGCACAGAGAAAGCCCCGCACACCUCCGUGGCCAAGGGGAUGGCCGCCAUGUACGCGCAGAAACUGGCCGAGGCUGACCGGAGGUCGGGUGUGGAGCCUCACCGGCGCCCCUCACCCAGCCCGGCCGAGACCGGCGUCCGGGACACGGAGGAGCCGUCCAAGCGUCCCUUCUUCACGCGUAAGAUGCAGCCGAGCCGAGCGCUCGAGACGAACGGAGCUCGGUUCGAGGUGGACUUCGUCGGUCAGCCGACCCCCGAGAUCGCCUGGUAUCGGGAGGACUUCCCGAUUAUCUCCAGUCCCGACUUCAAGAUCACGACGACGGCCCGCCGCUCGAUCCUCGAGAUCCGCGAGGUGUUCAGCGAAGACUCGGGUCAGUUCUCGUGCGUCGCCUCCAACUCAGCCGGCCAGGCCAAGUGCUCGGCCAACCUGGUGGUGGAGGAGCGCCGGCUGCCACACGGCGUGCCAGUGCCGCCCAACUUCACCCAGACCAUCCAGGACGUGGCCAUGCACCCGGACACCAAGCUGGCCCGCUUCGAGGCCCGCCUGGCCGGCACCAAGCCUAUGGACGUGUACUGGCUCAAGAGCGGCAGCAAGAUCACGCCGGACGAGAAGCACAAGUUGCUGUCGGAGCAGGACACGCACACGCUGCUGGUGCUGGAGCCGACCGGUGACGACUGCGGCGUCUACGAAUGCGUCUCCAUCAACGCUUCCGGCGAGGCGCGCUGUCAGGCAGAGCUGAGGACAGAGGGCCCGAUGGUCACGCCGCAGCCGACACCGAAGCCUCACGAGAAGGCGGUGCCUCCCAAGAUCACGGUGCCGAUGAAGGCCGUCACCGUACAGGAAGGCCACCCGGCUUCCUUCCGCUGUCGCUUCUCCGGCCAGCCAGCUCCGACGCCGCAGUGGCUCAAGGACGCGACACCAAUCAAGCCGUCCAAGUACUUCAAGAUGGAGCAGGAGGGCGACACGUUUGUGCUGAAGAUCUCCGAGUGUUUCCCCGAGGACGAGGGCACAUACUCCUGCGUGGCCACCAACCCGGCUGGCACGUCCACCAUGAAAGCGCCGCUCAGGGUCACGGCUCCCAAGCAAGAAGAAGGUCCGACCGUCUUACCGAUGAAAGACGUGACCUGCAUGGAAGGAGAGCCCGCCCGGUUCGUGACCAAAAUAUCGGGCAAGCCGACUCCCGCGGUGACCUGGCUUCGAGAAGACGCUGUCAUUCCCCAGAGCCGAGACUUCAAGAUGACGGUGGCAGGCGACACGGCCGUGCUGGAGAUCGCCGAGACGUAUGACGACGACACGGGCACGAUCACCUGCCGCGCCACCAGCAGCGCCGGCACCAGCGAGGCCUCGGCCCGACUCACGGUUCAAAGACGAAAGCCCAUUCUUCCGCCACUAGCGGCAGCCCCGGUCACCCCGAUGCAGCCCAGUCAGCCCCCUGAAUUGGUCCAACCCCUGCAACCCACCGCCGAGCCGGCCGACCAGCUCGACGAGGAGUCGGCGCGCACAAAGAAGGUUAACAUGGCCAAGCGUUGGUGGGGCGCGGCGCCGCUGCGCAAGCCGCCUCCGGCCCGGAAGCCGCCGCCGUCGCGUCGAGAGCCCGAGGAAGUGCCAUGGGCGCGCGCCAAGGCGACGCUGAAGCCGGCGGAGCGGAUCGUGCACAAGCGGCGCAAGUUCCAGCUGGACCGCGUCGAUCUCCAUCACGUGGAGGAGCCCGACUGGGACGAAACGAUGAGCGACGACUUCGAGCUGCGCGCGUCGCACAUCCGCGUCAGCGACGACGAGCGCGGUCGGCGGUACGCCUUUCUGGCGCCGGACGCGGACGGCCUGCCCGGCUACACCAGUCAGCCGGGUAGCCGGCGUUCCUCACGCAGCGGCUCCAUGUCGCCGCGUGGCCGGUCUAGCUCGCCGCGCGGCCGCGGGCGCGCCACCAGUCUGGAGGUGGUUCGGCUGCGGCCGACGGCGCAGGUGCAGCGGCCCGUGGAGCGACCGAGAAUCGAGCCGGUGCCGCUGAGGCCGGCGGCCGAGCGGCAGUUCGACGACCGCGAGGGCUCGCCGCGCGGCCGCACCUCGCCCACCGCUGAGGAGAUGAUGGAGGCGUCGCCGUGGGCGCGCGGCCUCGUCGGCCGGCCCGGCGACCGUGUCGAGUACACCAAGGACACGGCACCCUGGGCCACCGGCCACGUGCAACUGCGGGCGGUAGUGACGGAGAAGAAGGUGUAUGACAAGCCUCAGUUGGCGCAGGUGGAGCUGCGACCGUUACCAGAGCAGGGCUACCCGGACGACGUGCUGCGACGCCGCUCGAUGGAUGUGCUCGGAGACGGCACGCAUGAGGGUGUCGAGGGCCGCCCGACGGGAGAAGACGCGCCGGGAGUCGCACCGGUUGGAUCCAGGGAAUCGGUGGAGGCGAAGGUGCCCUGGGCCCGAGGCAAAUCCCAGCUACGGCCGUCGGAGAAGCCCGACAAGAGGCGGCUCGAGAAGCCCAAGCUGGAGCAUGUUGGUCUGAAGCCGGUGCCGAAGACAGACGAGUUGCCUGACCUGGAUCGGUCUGUCGAUGCUGCCCAUCUGCAGGACGGGACACCGGACGUGGACUCCAGGAGGCCACAGGUGCCGUGGGCCAGGCAGAAGGCCCAGCUGAAGCCCGCAACGACAGAAAGCAAGCCGGUGGAAAAGCCAAAGCUGGGCAAGGUGGAUUUGAAGCCAGUGAAGAAGCCCUACGCACCAGAGGAGCAGGACGAACGUCAUGCAUUGGAAGAAACAGAAUAUGCACGACCGGUUCCCCAAGAACCCAAAGCGCGCGAAGUACCAUGGGCUGCUGGGAAAGCACAGCUUAGACCAUCAAAAACCGAGGAAAAGAAAUAUGAGAAGCCAAAGCUGGAUGCCGUGACACUGAAGCCAGUAAAGCCCACACAAGAACCCGGAAAAGAACAGCAGCUUUCUUUGCAGACGAGACAGCGUCCCGAAGAGCCAUUUGUCAUCAAAGAUGAGGAGGGCUUCGAGAUCGUAGACCAGCGUGAAGUGCCUCCGGGUACUGAGGCGGCGCGCCCUCUCACUAAGAUUGACGCACGUGAGCCGCUCCUCAAAAGCAGCAGUGAGUCCUCUUUUGAGAAAAUCGACUUGGUCAAAAGCUCUAGCGCAGAAUCCUUUGAAAUUGUUGACAAGAGCUUAGCUGUUCACAAAGAUAAGUCCGCAUCAGAAGGAGCGCCGGCUGAAGAGGUUCGACCCAGUUGGCGAGCUCCAAAAAAGCCAAAAGAAAAAGUCAAGCCCCCUACUACAACAGAAAGUGAAACUCAGGAACACCUGCCGGAAAAAGCAAAGGACGAGCAGCCUUGGUCCCGAGGGAGGAAGAAGAAAGCCGCUAAGCCAAAGGUUGAAGGUGUCGUGGAACAACCGUCAUCACUCGAAGAGCCAGGGCCUGAUGACAAAGUUCCUGGAAAGAAAAUUCCUCCCAAAAGGCAGGAGCCUGAGGAGGUCCCGUGGGCGCAUCCAAAGCUCAAGCCCUCCAAGCUCGCUGAACAUAAACCGGAACAGCUGACAGUGGAAGACGUUGCACUGCGACAGGUGCCCGCUGAGCAGGUCACAGAGGUUACUGAGGAUCAAAGGGUGCGAUUAGACAAGGACAUGCCUGGGAAGGUUCCCGAAGCGCCCAAAGGUGAUGAAGCGCCCUUGAAAUCUGCUGCUGAUAUGAAACCAGCCACGUUUGAAAAGAAGCCUAGGGAAGGUGAUAUGGUUCCUGAACAUGUUGCACCUGAACAGGAGACACAGGAAACCGCAGAGAAACAGCCUUGGCCACGGGGAAGGAAACCGAGAAGGGAAAAGCCAAGGGAGUCACCUGUGGCAGACGAAAUGGAACCAGAUAAACGGGGACCUAAAGAAGAGGAGUCUCUCACAGCAAAGGUUGUGAAACCGGUGCCAAGGAAGCCCACCAAGGAAGGUGAAGAUCACAAGGAAUCUCCCGAAGCAACGUUUGAAAAACCCGGGACGCAGGAACAGGUUCCAGGAAAAACCAAGCCUCAUGUCAAGAAGCACCGUGGUCCAAUCGCGCCAGGGGAAGAAGAGACGCCCGAUGCCACGCUCAGUGCCGUCGGGCCAUCCGAGGUCCAGCCUGAAAGCGAAUCGGAGUCUCCACUAGAGGACUGGGUCGCCGUGGAGGCCAGCCCCGAGGAGGACACCAUCCUAGGUGAUCGAAAGCUGCAGCCCGAGGCUCAAAUACCGGAAGGCGUACGACCACAGCCCACUUCUCCAGAGGCCGUUAGGAAGGAAAAGGGUCGUAAACGUCCAAAACGGCGGCCAGUUUCAGACCAGCCAACAGACGCGCUAGCUGUUAAGCCGGUACAAGGCGAGCGAACAAGCUCAGAGGAUGCCGCCGUCUCGCCAAUGGCUUCUUCGCCAGAGCUUGCAACAGACGAGCCCUCUCUGCGUGACAGCAAAAGGCGAGAUAAGAAGAGACCGGUCAGAAAAGAAGAGCCCGAAGAAGUCCCAUGGGCGCACCCGAAGCUCAAGCCUGCAGCGCGUAAGGAGUACAAGCCAGACCACGUGUCAGUGGAGGAUGUCAGCCUAAAGAAGCUCCCGGAAACGGAAGAGGCUGAGGUGCCCAUUGAAGACAAGGAGGAGCCUGCGAUUGUGGUUGAGCCAUUCGUAGCAACAGACAUUCCCACACAUGACGAUGUUGAGCUGGAUGAGGUUGAAUUUACAGUUCCAGAGAAACCAAAGAGGACCAAGAGGCCAAAAGAGCCUGAAGAAGUGCCCAAAACGGGUGUCCGGGAACAGGGCAAAGAGGAACCUUUGAAACAAGGCAAGUGGCCGAGAGGUCAGAAACCAGAAAAGGAGGUUCCAGAAGAUAAGGAUGGAUUCGAAGUUGGCAAAGGCAAACUUCCAGAGGAGGAUAUUUCAGAGGAAUACCGACUCAAGCCAGGCAAACCAGGGCCGCCAGAAGAAGAGGCUCGGGAAGAAAUUUCCCUCAGGCCAAUUCCGAGGAUGGCAAAAACAAAGGGGCCGAAGCCAUCAGAACCCGCGGAAGUUCCCGAAUAUGCUCCAUCUCUUCCCGGAAGGGAACCAGUUGAUGUUCAGCCGUACGAGAAGGUGUCAAAGCCUCUGAAAACUCCGGGUGAUGAAGAACUUGGUGAAAUCGGGGAUACGACGGAGAAACCUGCUGCCAAGCCAAAGACAAAGGCAGAGCCAGGUAUGCCUGCCCUAGUUCAGGAGGAAGGUAGUCCUCGUGCGGCUGUGCAAAUAGAUGUAGAUGAGUCAGCGUCUGAAGAAACGGCUACUUCACCCGGGGAAGAAAUUCCAGAAAGAGAUGAAGUGGAAGAUAUCUCACCAACGUCAGUAUCUCCAGGAAAGCCGGUUAAGAAAACUAAGCAAAAAAGACCACAGCGCAGACCGUUGGAUUCCUUGCAGUCAGAGGCACCUGCUAAAGAACAGCUUGUUGAUGAGGUAUCACCCGACGAGCAGCUGGAUUACCCUGACAGAAAGACAAGUUUGCCUGAGGGUUCAGAGGAAACUGAAUCACCGAAAGAGGAACGUAAGCCCAAAAAGCAUCCCCCGGCAGUGAAGAAGGAGAAGCAUGAAGAAGUCCCGUGGGCGCACGCGAAGCUCAAACCGUCCACACGCAAGGAGUACGAGCCAGAGCAUGUUACAGUGGAGGACGUCAGCUUGAAGAAGCUGUCAGACAAGGAGGAGAUUGAGAUUCCCGUUGAAGAGAAGAAAGAAACCGUGAUUCAAGUGGAACCGUUCGUGCCAACAGAAAUUCCCACGCAUGAAGAUGUCGCCUUAGACGAGUUAGACCUAAUGGCUCCAGAGACACCCAGGAAAACAAAGAAACCCAAAGAGCCAAAGGGAUUGCACAAACCAGACGUCCCUGAGGAGGAAGAGCAAGCACCUUCCGAAAAAGCUAAGUGGCCCAGGGGUCGGAAACCUGAAGAGAAGACUCCGGAAGACGCGGAGGGUUUCAAAGUUGGCAAAGGAAAACUUCCAGAGGAUGAUACACCGGAGGUUUAUAGACUCAAACCAGGAAAACCAGGUCCGCCAGAAGAAGAGGCUCCAGAAGAAAUUACGCUCAAGCCAAUUCCGAAGAAGCCGGAAACAACACAGCACAAGCCACCAAAGGAUAUGGAAAGUCGCAAAGAUGCUCCAGCUUCUUCAGACAAGGAACCAGUUGAGCUCGAGCACCACGACAAGUCACCAAAGGACGCAGAACAUCCAGGAGAUGCAGAGACUUAUGAAAUCCAAAAAGUGUCCAUUAAGCCCACCGAGAAACCUGAACAAGACAAACAGCCAAGUACAAAUGCUCCUGUUGAGGAGAAAGAAGACGUUCGCACACCAAUCCAAAGUAUUCCACUUGAGCCGGAGCGUGACGAAACAGCUCCCUUAACUGACAAUCAGGUUGGUGUGCCCACGCCAGAAUCUCCAGAGGAGCCUGUGAAGAAAAGAAAACCUAAAAGACCAAAGCAAAGACCAGAGGAUUAUUUGCAGCCAGAGACGCCCGUUCAAGACCAGCCUCCGGAGGAAACACUUCCCGAGGAGAACCUGGAUUACCUUGACAGACAACCAACCUCGCCCGAAAUUUCAGACGAUACUGAGCAAAAGAAAAAAGAGCCAAAGCCCAAAAAGCACCUACCGCCAGUCAAGAAGGAGGAGCCCGAGGAUGUUCCGUGGGCGCAUCCGAAGCUGAAGCCGUCGGCCCGCAAAGCAUACGAGCCAGAGCAUGUCGCUGUGGAGGAUGUCAGCCUAAGGAAGGUGCCUGAAAAGGAAGAGAUUGAGAUAACCAUUGACGAAAAAGAGGAGCCGGUGAUUGAAGUUGAGCCAUUUGUGCCCACACCUAUUCCCACACAUGAAGAUGUCGAGCUUGCUGAAAUAAAACAAGUAGCUCCAGAGAAACCAAAGAGAGCCAAGAAACAAAAAGAAGUGAAGGCAAUUCCGAAAGCAGAUCUUCCUGAAGAAGAGCAGCCGGAGCCUAUCGAAAAGGGACAUUGGCCAAGGGAUGGAAAGCUUAGAAAGGACUCAACGGAAGACGCAGAAGAUUUCAAAGUCGGGAAAGGAAAACUUCCAGAGGAUAAUAUUCUGGAUCAAUAUCGACUCAAGCCGGGUAAACCUGGGCCUCCAGAUGACGACGCUACAGACGAAAUCACACUGAAGCCAAUUCCGAGGGAACCAAAGGCGAAAGAACCCAAGCCACAAGAGGAUAUCGAAGGAACCAGAUACGCUCCAAGCCUUCCAGAAACAGAACCAGUGGAGCUUCAACCAUAUGAGGAGGCUCCAAAAGAUUUGGAUGUUCCAAGUGACAAGGCACUGUUAGAAAAGACACGAAAGAAGAAGAAAGCCCCGUCAGAAAGACCAAAGAAGCUUGACGAGGCCGCACCAGUUGACGUAGAUGUCGUCACAUCACCUAAGGACCUGCGACCUGAAGAAGUCUCAGAACCUAAAGAGCAGGCGCCUGAGGGCCCAGACGAUCUUCCGCAAGACGUCACUGUACCCCGAUCUCCAUCUCCCGACGUGGUUAAACAGAAGAAGCGAAAGCCUAGGAAGGACAAAGAAACUGGGGCAAUACCCAAAGUAUCGCCUGAGCAACGGUUGGCCCAGCUGGCGGCUGAAGAAGCCGUGGAGGAUGAGGAGGAGGAGCUUGAGAUGUGGGGUCCAGAAGAGUUCGAAACUGCUCCCGACGAGGUUGGUCGGGCUGAGGACCGAGUAGAGGGUGAGGACAGGGAAGGAUUAAUCAGAAGAAAGAUGAAGAAGCCGAGAAAACUCAAAGGUCGACCAACUGAACAUACGGAAACUGUAGAAGCUUUUGAGCAGCUGGAGACUGAGGAAAUUAUCACCCAGGACACCGAAGUGAAAGAUGUAAAGGAGAUUGUUGAAUUCCCAGAUGACGAGGAUGUACCAGAUCAAGACGAUGUACUUAUCGAAGAGGUUCCCGCUGGAGACGUGCAGACUUCAAAACCAAAGACGAAAAAGAGUCGUCUUGUGUUCUUCCCAGCCCCAGGGGCACAGAAGAUUGUGCCUCCUCGCUUCACAAAAAAGAUGCAGCCCAUCUUGGCGAACAAAGGCGACACUACAGCCUUUGAGGUCGAGUUUGAGGGCUUCCCAGCGCCCACGGUCUCUUGGUUCUUUAACAACGUGGAUCUCAAGACUACCAAACACACGACCACUUGGAGCACAGAGUCCACUGCCGUUCUGGAAAUCACGAAAGUAACUCGCAAACACGUUGGACACUACACUUGCAAGGUGACCAAUUCAGGGGGCUCGGCAACGUCAACAGCAAAUCUGGUGGUGCAAGAGCAACCAGUGGAAGGCGCUCCUCCACACAUCGUGGAGCCUCUUAAACCUCGCCAAGUUCGGCCAGGUCAGACUCUGGCGUGGGAGGUCAAGGUCACUGGAUCUCCGUCGCCGCAGAUCACGUGGUUCCACGACGACCAGCCGAUCAUCCCGUCGGAGGAUUUCGUGCCGUCGUUCAACCCGGAGACGGGCGUGGCCCGGCUGACGGUGCCGGUGGUGGUGCCGGAGGAUGUCGGCACGUACUCGGUGCUGGCUGAGAACCCAUUCGGGCGCGACCAGAAUACGGCUAACCUCAUCGUCGGCGACGAGCUGGAGGAGCUGCCGGAGGGUAGCCAGCCGCCGGCGUUGGUGAAGCCGCUGCAGGCGGUGGUCGUGCGGCCGGGCUCGGAUGUCACCUACCAUGCCGUGUUCGAGGGCCUUCCGCCGCCCGUCAUCACCUGGUUCCAUAACGGCAAGCCCGUGGACGAGACAGAGGGCUACGCCGUGUUGACGGACGAGCACCAGUCGACGCUCGUGCUCUCGCGCGCCUCCACGCCCGACGAGGGUGUCGUCGAAGUAGUGGUGACGAACGCUGCCGGCGAGGCACGCUCGCGCGCCACGCUGGUUGUCUCGCCAGAGCUGCCAGACGAGGCGGAUCUGCUGGCACCGAGCUUCGUGCAGCCGGUGCGGCCGCAGCACGUGCCGCUCGGCGAGCCGGUGCUGAUCGAGGCGGAGGUAAGCGGCCGCCCGGCCGUCUCCUUCGUCUGGCUACGCAACAACAAGCGCGUCAAGAACGCCAAGAGCACGCAGAUCAGCAGCGGCGACAACAAGACCAUCCUCAUGAUCUCCGAGAUGCGGCUCAAGGACGUCGGCGAGUAUACGUGCGUGGCCGAAAACGAGGCGGGCAUGACCUCGUCGACGGCGUCGGUGCAGCUGCGGCCCGGUUCCGGGCGCGAGGCACCGCGCGAGCCGGCACCCGUGCAACCCACGCCCGAGCUGGCGAGCCCAGAGAGCCCGGUCACCGAGCACUCCAGCCCCUUGGUGCCCGCAGAGCCCGAGCUGGAGCGGCCGGAGCAGACGGCGCCCGCAGAGCCAGCGCCAGAGCAGCGGCCGGAGGAGGAUGCACCGGUCAAGAGGCGGGCGCCGAAGCGACCGAAACGGCAGCCGGAACAGCCGCAGGAGGCGGAGCAGCCGGAGGUGGAACAGCCGCGGGAGGCCGUGCUACCGGAGGAGGCAGCGCAGCCGGAGGAGGCGGCGCAGCCGGAGGAGGCGGAAGAGCCCACCGACCUGCCGCGUGUGAAGACGCUCACACCGGGGCUGAAGGUGAUGGACGGCGAAGAAGUGAAGCUAUCGUGCCAGGUCACCUCGCCGACGCCAACGCGCAUCACCUGGCUGCACGAGGGCCAGCCGCUCGACGAGCACCGCGACGUCGAGGUCACCAUGUCGCCCGAGGGCGUGUGCUCGCUGUACAUCAGCGAGGUGUACCCGGAGGACGCCGGCACCUACACGCUGCAGGUGGCCAACGAGGCCGGCGCCGGCGAGGCGCACGCUCUGGUCAGCGUCGAGCCGUAUGAGUACGUGCAGGACUCGGAGAUUGCCUCGAUGACGGUCGGCACGCUGCUCAGCGUGGACGAGCACAGCGAGGAGGACCUGCUCGACACGGCCGAUGAGCUGGGGCCCCGCUUCGUGCGCAAGCUGGCGCGCACCACGAGCGUGAACGAGGGUCAGGAAAUCACGUUCGAGUGUCGGCUGAGCCCGGAGGCACCGUGCGAGGUCACGUGGUAUAUGAACGACCGACCCCUGCAGACCAACAAGGACUUCGUGAUCGAGUCGGCCGAGGACGGCACGCAGCGCCUGACCGUGCGCCAGACGUUCCCCGACGACGUGGGCGUGGUCACCUGCGAGGCCGAGAGCGAGCGGGGCGUGGCUACCACCAGCACUCAGUUGGUGGUGGAGACGGCGCCUGGUCACGACGAGGACUCGCCCAGCUACCGCAAACCCGACUGGGUGGUCAAGAUGGAGGAGACGAAGGCGGCGAUCCGAGCUCGUCAGCAGCCGCCCAAGUUUACCACAGAACUAACCAAUCAGCGAGCGAAGGAGAACGCCAGCGAGGUGGAGUUCAAGUGCACCGUGACGGGAUAUCCUAGACCAGAGGUGAACCUCUUCCACAACGACCAGCGGCUGUCGCUCUCGAGGUUCGUGCGCAUCCUGUACGUCGACGAUCGCGUGAGCCUGGUGCUCUGCGACCUCACACCCGACAUGGCGGGCGAGUACAGCGUGCGCGCCGUCAACCCGGCCGGCGAGGCGACCACCACCGCCACGUUAGAGAUACAGGAGCUAUCGGAUGCGGAGCGUGACGAGCUGAGGCGGGAGCGUGAGGAGGCCGUCGAGAAGAGGAAGAAGCGCGAGCAGGAGCGCAUCCGCCGCAUGGAGGAGAAGAAACGCGUCCAGGAGGAGACGGCCAGAAAGAUCAGGGAGAAGAAGGAAUUCCUGAAGCCCAUCAAAAUAAAGAAGGUGCAGCCGACCAUCGAGGAGCAGGCGGCGCUCGAGACCGAGGAGACCGUCUCCGAGACCCAGCCUGAGACCCUGCAGGAGCGUCCCAGCAAAGAGACCCCCGUAGACGUAGUAGAGUGGGCCGGUCCGCUUCCGCUGGCCACGGCGCUGCCGUCGGAGCCGGUCCCGACGCGGAGCGCCCUUCCCGACGCGCCCAGCCGCCGGCCUCAGACUGCGGACGACGAGGUCAGAUCCGUCAGCGGCGUGGCUGUAGCGCGCGACAGCCGGGAACGAGGAUGACCAUGGAGCGUCGUGAUGAAUCAAGUUGAUUCAUAGCUGUUGAAAACCUUAAAUCCAAAAAGAUUCUUAGCGCAAAUGUCACAAAGGCUGAUUCGAAACAGUACCACAUUGGCCACAACCGCCGCAAAUUUACCAUUGCAUGCAAUAAUUUACCAUUGCAUGGCAAGCGAGACCAAUACGCUUAACCACACCACAUCGAUGUUUCAUUGCACCAUGAUAUGAAACCUGGCGGACGGGACUGGCCCCACAGAUCCCGCUGUCUCCCCAGUUAAGGCCACUGGGGCCAAGCGGAAACCGCCAUCAGCUGGCUCGAGUAAGAUCUGGUACGAUCAGCUAUAACGAAUAUCAGUGCCAGUGAUCCUUGAUGGGCCAUAUGCAUUUUGAACGCUACGGGAAGCCCUCGGAUCCGGAAUCAAUGAGUGAUCAAAAGUAAAGUCUUCUCAUUUCUAGUCACUGUUCUCCUAAGCGCUGUUCGCUAUGACCGUUAGGAAAUCAUCGUCAUAUAUGCCUCAGCGCGGUGGAUAGUUCAUUACGAUCCAUAGUAACCCAUCAGCGGGUGUGACGUUAAACGCGUCGGACCAGACCAUACAUGGCAAG